UUGUUGGAAAUCACUCUCAACGGAAACCUUGAAGCAUACACAGCAGACUAUUUUCCAUCGAGGAUUUAUCAAAACACCGUCAUCAUGUACAAACUCGCUCUGAUCGUUCUUCUGGCCGCCGCCGCUAUGGCUGACGUGCCAAGCUUCUGCAACAGACUCGAUUGCCCACGUUUCAAAGUCCUCAGAACAACAGAUGAUUAUGAGGUCCGUGAAUACGAGGAAUCUCGAUGGGCGAGUACUGAUGUUUACGACAUGGAUUUCAGUAAAUCUGGCAGUAUUGGCUUCCGUCGUGUUUUCAACUACAUCGCAGGAAACAACGCAGCCAACGCAAAGAUUCCCAUGACCGCCCCUGUAUUGAGAACCAUCAUCCCCGGACAGGGCCCUGCCUGUGAGAGCAACUUCACCACCUCAUUCUACCAGCCAUUUAACAUGCAGAAGAGUGGAGGCCCCGCCCCAUCUGAUGCUGACGUGUACCUUAGUGUCCUUCCUAAAGUCACUAUGUAUGUCAGGAGUUUCUCAGGUUAUGCAACAGAGGAGGAUUAUCUCAACCAAGCUACUCAGCUCGCAGCCUCCAUCAACAACCCCGAUGCCUUCCGCUCUGACCUUUACUACACUGCUGGCUAUGACAGUCCCUACAAGUUCUUCAACAGACACAACGAGAUCCUCUUCCGUGCCAAAUAGACUAUUGAUAAACUCAUCUCAUGGACAGUUGUGUAUUCAUCUCUUGGCCAUAUACUCAUCGUUAUUGGUUCUGAGAGGCCACGUGGACAUUGAUGCUCAUCAUUUUAGCUUUCAACAAAUUUUUCAACAAACAAGAGAUUAACUCAUAGGUUCCUAUAU